CUAAAUGACCCUUCCAUUUUGUUUCUAUUCGCGUUCUCUGAAUCUCUGUUUGCUAUCAUGUCUGGUCGAGGAAAAGGCGGUAAGGGGCUUGGGAAAGGUGGUGCAAAACGUCACCGCAAAGUUUUGAGAGACAACAUUCAAGGAAUCACAAAGCCAGCUAUUCGCCGUUUAGCGCGCCGUGGUGGUGUGAAGCGUAUUUCCGGUCUGAUCUAUGAAGAGACGCGAGGUGUACUAAAAGUGUUUCUUGAAAAUGUCAUUCGCGACGCUGUGACGUACACCGAGCACGCCAAGCGCAAGACCGUGACUGCUAUGGACGUAGUGUACGCUCUGAAGCGCCAAGGCCGUACGCUGUAUGGUUUUGGCGGUUAAAUUUCACCUGGACCGGAUUUUCAAAACAAAAACAAAAAAGGCUCUUUUAAGGGCCGCCCAAAGGUUCAAUUAAAAGGGCAAAUUAAUGUGUCUUAAUGCAUUGUUACUUUAUACAAUAUGCUCCCCACAAUACAUUAAGUCGUGUUUUAAUUCGAUCACUACUCAAAUAUCAAAAGAGCAAAACAAAAAAAGCAAGCCGUUUAUGGUCAUGUAAUAAUUGUCAAUUAUGUUACAUGAAUUAGUACUUGUUCUAGUAACAAACUUUAUCAUUUGAUUGUUCAUGAAUUAAUUUGUAAAAAAAAAAAUGACAGUAAACCUUUUGAUAUUUUCA